AUGACGAUGCAAGCCAUGCCCGAGCAGAGGCAGCACUGGCAGCAGUGGCAGCCAGUUUUGAGCCCUUCAGGAGCCCCUUUGGAGACUGCAGGAAGGGAGCUCCGGACUGGAGAAAUGCCGAGUAGGACUCCUGGGACUGUCAAUGCUUACAGCCCGGAGAAUCUCAAGGUCAAGACAUACGACCAGCUAGCGGAGCUUUGUAUCCCACAGGUUGCUGAUGCACAAUGGAGCUCAUCGGAGGUCGCAGAGUCACAGAUGCCGGUGGCCUGCGCGGCCACCCCCUCGUCGGCCUGCCCUCGGAUCACUUUAGGCGCAGAGAUUUUCAAGGGCCAGUGGCGGGAUUCUUUGGGAAACCAGGUCUUUGUGUGUUUUGAAGACGAGCUUUGCAAGAUCCUGGUGGCACAUUUGUCACGUCCCCCCCGGCCUGACAUCAAGCUGUCCAUGUGGCCGGUGCCUUUUGGUGGAGGCUGGCAAUGCGGAAACACCGUGUUGGACGCCACCUGUGUGACCCGGCACGACCAUCAGGGGGGAACUGUACUACAUCAACCAAAUCCCUGA